GUCUCAACAAACCAAAAAACAAGAAUCCAAACAAACAUAGCGAUUAAUCAAUGAUAGCAACACGCCAAUAACGCGUCUCUAUAGUCUAAUAUGCCCAAACUUGGAUGAAAUAGUCAUGAUCCAACCAAAUGGAGGGGGUGAAAUGCAAGUUUCAAACUUUUCAAGGGGCCUAAGUUGAACAUGUUUGAUAUUUUAUAUUUGUCCUUAUCCAUGGAAAAAGAAAAAUCUUUGCUUGGAAGGACAUGUUUGAAUUGAAAGCGACAUGGAACGAAGUGGCGAACACCUUCUCUCUGGCCUCUGUGCAGCCCAUAUGUUGAUAUUAAUGACGAUUACAUAAGACAGCAAAGCUUCCAAGGAGUGGUGGAUGGGUUAUGGGGGACUGCAAGUCAACAUGAACGUAUUCGCUUUGAGUCAUCUUCAAUCUUUUACACAAGGAUCCUUCUUCCUCUUUUCCUACCUGCCGCCAUAUUAGCAAACGUGAAACAAAACCCUUCUUUCUUUUUGAAUCUUCCCCCGAUUUAAGUUCGUAAACCGGGGAAUUGGGUAAUUGAUUUUCUGCUCGGUUUCAAUGGGUAAUUGCUUGAAUUCUUCAUCAGCUCAAGUAGAUACCACUCUCAGCUCCCAUGCUUCGGGAACCUCAAAAAAUGUGAGUAAAAGUUCGUACUCUGGUCCUUCAAGCCUGACCAUUUCAUCUUACAGUGAGAUGAGCAGUGCCUCAAGUCUUCAAACCCCAAGAACCGAAGGUGAAAUACUAUUAUCACCAAGUGUAAAACCCUUCUCCUUCAUUGAAUUAAAGAACGCCACUAGAAACUUCCGCCCAGACAGUGUUCUUGGUGAAGGAGGAUUUGGUUGCGUUUUCAAAGGUUGGAUCGAUGAAUUCACUCUUACUGCUUCAAAACCCGGAUCUGGAAUGAUCAUUGCUGUCAAAAAACUUAAACCAGAGGGUUUUCAAGGACAUAAAGAGUGGCUCACAGAAGUGAAGUAUCUAGGGCAAUUACGUCAUCCAAAUUUGGUUAAACUUGUUGGGUAUUGCUCAGAGGGCGAUAGUAGGCUCUUGGUUUAUGAAUUCAUGCCUAAAGGAAGCUUGGAGAAUCAUCUUUUUAGACGAGGCCCUCAACCACUUCCAUGGGCAACAAGGCUCAAAGUAGCAAUAGGAGCUGCAAGAGGCCUUGCUUUUCUUCAUGAUGCUGAAGAACAAGUUAUAUAUCGUGAUUUCAAGGCUUCUAAUAUCCUACUUGAUGCGGAAUUCAAUGCAAAACUAUCCGAUUUUGGUUUGGCUAAAGCAGGUCCAACUGGUGAUAAGACUCAUGUUUCAACUCAAGUCAUGGGCACUCAAGGGUAUGCAGCACCAGAAUACAUUGCCACAGGAAGAUUAACAGCAAAAAGUGAUGUAUACAGCUUUGGGGUUGUUUUAUUAGACUAUUAUCUGGAAGACGUGCUCUUGAUAAACAAAAAACGGGUAUAG